GUGUGUUGUGGGCGGUUGUGUCGCAACUCGUUUUCAUUGGCCGGUAAGGAUCUAGAGGGAGCUGGCUUCCCAUAAAGUGCUGGUUAUUGCCCGAACGACGCGUGGAGAAACCUAGCCGGGGAAGCACCCGUGUGGUAUCAACGUAUCAACCUCGCGGGACAUAUCUGAUAUGCACCGGCAUACGAUGGGUGUGUCAACAGUACCUACCGCAGCACCGGCAUCACCACCACCACCGCCGCCGCCAGCAGCAGCAGCACCAGCCACUUCUAGAGAUCGAGGCGCUCUUCUGGCCGCUCUCUCCGACGCACUUGCAGGAGCUCUGGGCAGCGUCGUGGCGGUUGCCGUCUUCUACCCUAUCGACAUCGCCAAAACAAGAGCGCAGGCAUCGUCGCCCGUCACCACGCGCAGUCGUCAUGAUCAUGAUGAGAGUAGCGGUGGACACGGUAGCAGUACGGAGGAAAGUUCCACCGCUCCAGAGGGCGGAAGAGUCGGCAGCAGUAACACCGCGCUAGCGGGUGACGGUCGGCGGCGGGUGUGGUUCCGGAGCCGAACCCUGGCCGCGCUGUUGUCCAUCGUCAGGACGGAGGGGGGCUUGACGAGGCUGUACGAGGGCAUCGAGGCGAAGGUGCUACAGGCGCUGUUGGGAAGCUUCGUCUACUUUUACGCGUACGCUUUCAUCAAGGGGCUCAUGCGACGGCGGGCAGCGGGAGGCGGCAGCGGCGGAGGCGCCUCCAAGCCGCUCCGGCCUUCUCUCAACCUACUCGCCGCAGCGAUGGCCGGUGCCGUGAACCAGGCCUUCACGCUCCCGCUCGAAAACAUCACGACUAGGAUGCAAACAGCACCGCAGCGCACCCCGUCGGUGGAAAACAACGAUGGAGAGGGAGCAGGGGAGAGGGGGGGUCAUGGUGCGAUGGAAGGGUCCUCGCCUCUGGACGGUCGCAGGUGUGGCGUAGGCAACGAUACGAACGGCACAUGGAGAGAUCCAGUCCCAGCAACGACAGCGAAAGUGACGCAGGCAGGAGGCGACAACCAAGCUCCUAUCAAGCGGGGGCAGCGGCGUCCGCGGCAGUCCGUUGCCGCCGUUACAGGCGAGCUUUACAGGGAGGGCGGGGGGCUAGGCCGCUUCUGGCGCGGGUUCGCCCCGUCUCUUAUCCUCACGUGCAACCCGGCGAUAAACUACACGGCGUUCGACAUCCUGAAGGCGUUGUGGCUCCGAAGAAGAGACGCAGCGGCCGUUGCUGCCGGCGUUGGAAGCAGCACAACAGCGGGGGCUUCUGCAGCCGGUACCUCGGGGGGGGGCACGGAAGGGUUUCUGAACCCUCUGGAGGCGUUUUUAGUGGCGGCGGCGGCGAAGUCGCUCGCCACCCUCGUCACGUACCCUCUCAUCCGCGCCAAGGUUGUGCUGAUGACCGCGCCGUCGUCGCCCUCCGCACCCAUCGUUGAUCGUGGACGUGGAAACUGUUCGUCUCCCGCGGUGCCUCCAGCGGCGUCGGCAAGCCAACUCAUAACGCCGAAGGGACACGUUUUCGGAAGCUGUGGUUCCGGUAAGAUAGGCGAACCUACCGGCGAGGGAAGAGAUGGAGGAGACGAGAGAUUAUCGAACAACGGUGAAGAACGCGCGGCCACCGCCGCCGCCGCCGCCGCCGACGCCGACGCCACUGGGAUGUCCGACAGAGGAGGGUCAGGGCAUCCGAUCGAUGCGAGUCUCGGAUCUGCCGCUGCAGAAUCCACCGUCGCUGCUUCUUCCGCCUCUGCCGUGGGCAGAGGGGAAGGGACAACUGGCGGCGAGAUGCACAGCAUGGCCACCGUGUUGGUGGACAUUUUCCGACGGGAGGGUAUCGGGGGCUUGUACGCGGGCUGCGGUGCUCAGCUUCUGCACACCAUCCUCAAGAGCGCGUUGCUCCUGGCGACGAAGGAACAAAUAGCAAGGGCGGCAGCGUCCGCGUUAUUUUUGGGUGGCAGCAGUAGAGGCCGGGCCGCUGGUUUCGCGAAGCCACCUGCAGCUUCCCGCUGA